GCUGUCUGUGGCUUCCGGCUUGUUGCUUCCCUCCAACUUCUUGCCAAUGGCGUCCGGUGGCCACGAGCGGGACCCUGAGGAUUACGGAGUCUCCAGCAUUACAGGAUGCAGCAAGACUCCUCAGCCUGAGACUCAAGACAGCUUGCAGACUCCCUCACAAAGCUCAGACCUCUGCACAGCUCCUGUAGCUGCUGCAAAUUGGGGCCCCUGUCUUCGGAGAAACGUGGUCAGCGAGAGAGAACGCAGGAGGCGGAUCUCCUUGAGCUGUGAGCGCUUGCGGGCUCUACUGCCUCAGUUUGAUGGCCGGCGGGAGGACAUGGCUUCCAUCCUGGAGAUGUCUGUGUACUUCCUCCAGCUUGCCCACGGCAUGGAUCCUAGUUGGGAGCAGCUCUCUGUUCCUCAGCAUCCCCGGGAGAUGUGGCACAUGUGGCAGGGUGAUGUUCUGCAGGUUACCCUGGCCAAUCAGAUUGCAGACAGCAAGCCUGACUCUGGGAUAGCAAAAGCAUCCGCUGUGGCUCGGGUCCAGGACCCCCCAUGCUGUGGGAUUCUGGAUACAGACCAGAGCCAAGCUACUGAGAGAGUGUCAGAGCUGCUGGAGAGAACUUCCUCCUGCCCUGGUAAGCGCCAGAGCACAUUGUCAUUCAGUCAGCCAGAGUCUUCCAGCAUGGGUCCUGGGCUCCCACCCUGGCUCCCUCACUCAUGGCAGCCAGCCACUCCUGAGGCGAGCGACAUUGUUUCUGGUGGGUCACACCAGGUGGGAUCCCUGGCCGGGGACACUGAAUCUCCAGGCAUGCUGGCUGAGGAGGCCAACUUGGUCUUGGCAUCUGUGCCUGAUGCCAGGUACACUGCAGGGGCAGGGUCCGAAGUGCUGGACGGAGCAUCGUUUCUACUGACCACCAAUCCUGAUUGGUGGUUGGGGUCAGUGGAGGGCAGAGGAGCCCCAGCUCUUGCCAGGAGCAGUCCAGUUGAUGAGGCAGAGACAAGCUUCAUCGGAGACCCUGAGCCUUGCUCCCAGGAGCUCCAGGCUGGCCCCAUAGAGCUGUGGGGCUUGGAUUUUGGCAGCCCUGGCCUGGCCCUGAAGGAUGAAGCAGACAGCAUCUUCCCUGACUUUUUCCCCUGAUAGCUUAGUCCCACCAUAGUUUAGUUUGCUGGGGGGUGCUGUAUUUUGGUUUUUGUUUGCAGCUGCAGCCUAAUUUGAGGGAGGCUGACAGGGCUGUGAGUGGAGUUAUAUUAAAGAGGAAAGUGGUUUUUCUGGCAGAA